GGCGUCUCCCCGCUGCACCGCCGCGGCGCCCUUUCUGCGAGGCAAAAGGAUUCUUGUGGAAGAUGGAACUCUGUCUGUUUUCAAGAAUGUGUAUUGAAGCCCAUCAGUGGAACCUGACCCUACAGUGCUGUAUCAAAAUGCCCGAUGAGGACCCACAUUUCUGCCUGAACCUACCAUCCUCCUAGAACCAUGGUUGUCUCAGCAGUGUUGACUGCAUCCCAUUCUGGGACAUUCAAUACGACAUUUGUAAUCUAUGAAAACUCCCAUGUGAACACUACAGUCCCUCUACCAUUUCAGCCUCCUGGCACUGGCCCGUUGCUUAGAUACAGUCUUGAAACCAUGACUAGCACUGGAUUUAGUUCCUUGGCAGCGAACAGCACAGCUGUAAGCCCAACACCCGCAGUUGUCAGGAGCCUAAACUUAGCUGUCCAGAUCAUCCUCUCGGCUGUAAUGAUAUUUAUUCUGUUUGUGUCUUUUCUUGGAAAUUUGGUUGUUUGCCUCAUGGUUUACCAGAAAGCUGCUAUGCGCUCUGCGAUUAACAUCCUUCUUGCCAGCCUGGCUUUUGCAGACAUGCUGCUUGCAGUGCUGAACAUGCCCUUUGCCUUGGUAACUCUUCUUACCACCAGAUGGAUAUUUGGGAAAUUCUUCUGCAGGUUGUCUGCUAUGUUCUUCUGGUUGUUUGUGAUAGAGGGAGUGGCCAUCCUGCUCAUCAUCAGCAUCGACAGGUUCCUGAUCAUAGUUCAGAGGCAAGAUAAGCUAAAUCCUUACAGGGCUAAGGUCCUCAUCGCAGUCUCCUGGGCAACGGCUUUUUCCAUAGCUUUUCCUUUGGCUGUGGGAAAUCCUGAUCUGCAGAUACCUUCUCGGGCCCCACAGUGUGUGUUUGGGUAUACAACCAAUUCCGGAUACCAGGCUUAUGUGAUUUUGAUUUCUCUCAUUUCUUUCUUUAUACCUUUCCUGGUGAUACUGUAUUCAUUCAUGGGCAUCCUCAAUACCCUUCGGCACAACGCCUUGAGGAUUCAUAGCUACCCGGAAGGGAUAUGUCUCAGCCAGGCCAGCAAACUUGGUCUCAUGAGUCUACAGAGACCCUUCCAGAUGAGCAUCGACAUGGGCUUUAAAACACGUGCCUUCACCACCAUUUUGAUCCUCUUCGCUGUUUUCAUUGUCUGCUGGGCCCCCUUCACCACAUACAGCCUUGUGGCUACCUUCAGUGAGCACUUCUACUAUCAGCACAACUUCUUUGAGAUUAGCACCUGGCUGCUGUGGCUCUGCUACCUCAAGUCUGCAUUGAACCCACUGAUAUACUACUGGAGGAUUAAGAAGUUUCAUGAUGCCUGCUUGGACAUGAUGCCCAAGUCCUUCAAGUUCUUGCCACGGCUCCCCGGGCACACAAGGCGACGGAUACGCCCCAGUGCUGUCUAUGUGUGUGGGGAGCACCGGACGGUGUUGUGAAUACGGUGACUCUGAGGCAUUUGUAGUGACUAUGGCUCUUUACUGACUGAACUUU